AUGUCUGACAUGCUGAGAACUAAACAGGAAAAGAUGGAGACUGCAUAUGAGAUAAUGGAGUCUCUACAAAAUAUGUUUGAGCAACUUUCUAAACAACAGUGCCAUGAAGUUGUUAAAGCAUUAAUGAAUGCUAAGAUAAAGAGUGGUACUCCGGUCCAAAAGCAUGUGAUUAAGAUGGUUAAUUAUAUCAAUGAGGCUAAAGUCAAUAAGACAAUGAUCGAAGAGGCCACCCAAGUGGGAAUGAUUGUAGAAACUCUAUUCCCAAAUUUUCUUCUAUUUAAAAGCAACUAUUUUAUGAAUAAGUUGAAAUACAAUAUGACUGAGUUGCUAGAUAAGCUUCAAAAUUUUGAAUCAAUUUCAAAAGAGAAACAUGCUGAAGUAAAUGUUGCUCAAGCUCAAUCUUCCUUGAAAAAGAAAAAGAAGUAA